AUGGAUGCCACGGCACGCGACCUGAGGCAGCUGUCCGAGACCUUGGACUUCCUCGAAGACCUCCUGGCACCCGGCGGUGGGGAGGACUUGUCCGAGGUCCUUGGGGGCACCCUCCGGGAAUGCCAGGAGCUACGUGAUCGUCUGCAGGAUUCAGUGCCAGACAUCUUGGACCGUGACGGCGGCGAGGCCACCUUCAACCAGAUCGCAGCGCUGCUGGAGCGGAUGGAGCGGGUCAAAGACCAGUGGGCAGCAAGAGGCAGCAACUCCUCUCACGCCGGUGCCGGUGGUGCCGGUGGUGCCGGUGGUGUCGCUGGAGCAGCGAGUCCCGGUGCGAGCCCGGCGGCGCCCUCCUUGCCCUCCUUGCCGGCCUCGGCCCUAACCUCCGCAGCCUCCCUUCCGGGCCCGGCGCCCGGGCCGCCCGGGGCGUCCACGUCUCAAUCUGGCACGCAGCCGGGACUCUUCGAAGCGAGCGCUCAGGUGAACCCCUUGGCCUCACCCGUGGCCUCGCACGCGGCGUCCAGCGACCGGGACCGCUUCGAGAAGGAGAAGUCCGAGAAGAAGAAGAAGCGAAAAGAAGGAAAGGACUCCAAGGAUUCCAGGGAAAGAGAUCGGGAAAGAGGCGACUCAAACUUCGACGGCUUUGCACCAAGCGCUUGGCCUUCUGGCCCUUCUGGCCCUUCUGGUGAGGCUUUUCCUGACUUUGGUACGACAUGGGCUGGGGCUGACGUUUCGGCUGCCGCCCCGUUUGAUGCGUGGGGUGACGAUGGCACACUGGGCUCUGGCCCCACUGGCCCCAGCUUUGCUGCUUUCGGAAGGCAGAGCAGCCCGGGGGCCCCCAGCCCACAAGGCACGCAGGGCACGCAGGGCGCACAGGGCGCUGAUGUCCCAGCAGACAUCGGCUUCACUGGUUUCGCUGGUGCAGCUCAAGGAGUCACUGAGUACGAAGCUCCGAGUCAAAGAAGCUACCCCGCCACUCAAGCCAGCCUCCACAUCCAGUACCCCUACGCUGCCGUGGACGACAAGGAUGCAUUCCAACGACUUUUCGUUCGUGCAGCGGCGCAGGCUGCUGGGGUACCACCACAACGCAUCCGCGUGCACGCCAUACGACCUGGCAGUUACUGA